AUGUCAUUUAAUUUUAUAGUAGGCUUUAAAAAUAUGAUCAAGCAGAAGAGAAAAUGGACUGUAGUACCAUAA